CCAGAAAUCUCAUUUCAGUUUCUCUCUAGAAAUCAUAAAAGAUAGUGUUAUUUUAUAUUUAAAAAAAAAAUAAUUAAUAAACAUUUUUUUUUUUAUUCUCACUCACAAAAAUGAGAAUUCGACAAUUACAAAAGUUUCAUGGGGCGAAAAUUAUUUUUACAUUUGUUCUUUUAGUGUUUAAUAUUCUUCAAGUUUCGGGACAUAGUGAUGCAUUUGAAGAACAUUUUCAUCUUACACCUGAAAAUCAAGAACCAUUUAGUGUAAAAAAUGUUGAAGAGGUAUCUAAAGCCGAAACAAAUAAUGAAUCAGUGCCAUUGGAAUUGUAUGAUUUAACAAAAGAUGAUGAUAAUAAUGAUGAAGAUACUGUUUUAAAAAAAGAAACUGUUUUGGAUAAUACACCUUUGGAAUCAUUAGAUAAUUUAAAUGAAUCAAAUACAAAAUCCAAUAGUUUAAAUGAAGAAAGUCCAUUUCCGGAGAUUUCCGAACGUAUGAAUGGUGAAACGAAAGGAAAAUACGUGAGAUACGACUCAGAUUCUCAAGAUGCCGACAGAUAUUCACCAGACAAUGAUAUAGGUCCUGCCUUCUACGAAUUAACUGAACAAAGAUUACGUCAUAUCCGUUCGAAAUUCAUGUAUUGGUACUUUGACAAGGGAGGCGAUAAUGAUAGAGGAGACUAUCAAACAGACAUUCACAAUUCAAUGCCACAAAUUCACAAAAACUUUAAUUUUCAACUUCCCUUUUUUGGUUUUCGUCUCAAUUAUACAAGGAUAUCAAUGCAUGGUUAUCUUGAAUUCAGUGAUCCUCCGGAGCAUUACACCUAUCCCUUGGUAUUUCCAAAUAAAGAUUGGCCGAAAAAGAAUGAUCCAAGUUUUAUUGGAAUAUUUUUUAGUAAAUGCCGAAUUGGUAAAUUAAGACCAACUGAUAUCGAUCAGCGUAAAUCUGGUGUUUAUUUCCGAAUGGAGAGAGAUCUACAAUCAAGAAAAGAUCAAUUCGGAAGGGAAAUGUACGAACGAGUUAAAUGGGACAUUAGAGAAGGUGUUGUGGGUGCGGAGACUUUUGAUCCAAAGCACUCUGUUAUAAUUACAUGGAAAAAUAUGUCAUUCGCUGGUGGAAUUGAUAAUUCCCUCUAUCGAACAAAUACAUUUCAAAUGAUUUUAGCAACCGAUGAAGUAUUCACUUAUGCUAUUUUUAAUUAUUUGGAAAUCAAGUGGUCAAGUCAUACGGAAGCGGGUGGUGAUACAACGAACGGAGAAGGAGGAGUGCCUGCAUUUAUUGGUUUUAACGCUGGAAAUGGUACACAAAGUUAUGAAUAUAAACCAUACUCGCAAGCAUCGACAUUGCGGGACUUGAUUGGUAGAGGUUGGGCUAAUGGAUUUCCAGGAAGGCACAUUUUUAGAAUUGAUGAAAAAAUUAUGCUUGGCACUUGUAAUAAGGAUAUUGCUGGAGCUAAUUUACCCCUUGUCUUUGCACCGGAAAGUGGAAAUAUGCUGGGUGGAACUGUUAUUAACAUAACUGGUCCUUGCUUUGAAAUGGAUGAUAAAGUUAGAUGUCGUUUCGAUACAGAAGUUGUCUCCGGCACCGUUAUUGAUAGAAAUCGAGCCAUCUGUGUUCAACCGUUUGUUAAAGCUCAGGGUUAUAUUCGAUUUGCGAUCUCCAUUGGUAGUGGGAAGUAUGACUGGAAAGGACAGUACUUUGUUGAAACUCCCGCAACUGCUGCGGAAAAGAUAUUUUUCUCCACCAACGCAGUUCAUGAGCGUGAUCCAAUGGAAAUUAAAAUUACCUGGAGUGCACAGAAUUUGACAACAAAUCUCGAUGCUCGUGUACAAAUUUCCCUUUGGGGUUAUCGGGAGACGACCAUUAGUCCCGAAUUAGAGUACAUUGACAUCAUACAGGACAUGGCAGCAAACAGCGGGACUUAUACAAUAAUUCCCUCGAAUUACCGCAGACGAAAUAAUUAUCUACAACAGGACAUGUACUUUGGAUUUCUUCAAAUAAACCUAACGGAUCCUAGAGAACACUUUGGAAUAGCAAUUACUCCUGUCUUAUGGAGCAAACCAAUUCCACUAGGAUGGUACUUUAGUCCCCAGUAUGCAAGCACCUAUGGAAACAAAUGGCCCCAAAAACUCUGUGACAAAUGGAUAAUGCACGAUCGUUAUUUAAAAAAUUUUGCCGCUGAAAUAUCCCUCUGUCCCUGUACUUUGGAACACGCUCUCUAUGACAAAGGGCGCUUCAUCCCCGACUUUGACUGCGAUAAAGAUUCAAAUCCCGAUUGCUUCUAUAAUAGAGGAGCGAUACAUUGUGUGAAAACCGGAAUUCCUAAUGUUGACGGUUCUGAGCAACAAUGCUGUUAUGAUAAAGCCGGUUUCUUGAUGCUAUCCUACGAUCAACAGUGGGGAUCAAAACCACACAGAUCUCAUAAUUUGGGUUAUUUGCCAUGGAAUGAGGCCAAUAAGGUUCCGACUCUUAGCAAUUGGUUCCAUGAUAUGAUGCCAAUGUAUCAUUGUUGUCUUUGGCAAGAGGAGCAAGCUGUGGGUUGUGAGACACUUCGUUUUGAAAGGAGGCCAUCGCAAGAUUGUGUUGCAUAUCAAGCGCCAGCAGUUGCUGCAGUUUUUGGCGAUCCACACAUUACGACAUUCGAUGGAUUAGAAUAUACUUUCAAUGGAAAAGGUGAAUUUGUUUUGGUCCGUGUGAAUCAUCAGAAGGAUAAAUUAGACAUACAGGGACGUUUUGAACAAUUGCCGAUUAAUUUCUACGGGGAGGUGAGAGCAACACAAUUAACUUCUAUUGUGGCAAGGGGAAAUAAUUCCUAUCCGGUCGAAGUUCGCUUAAGACCAAAACACGCCCAGUGGAGAUAUCGUUUAGACGUUAUAGCUAAUGGACGACGCGUGUACUUCGAUCGACCUUCUCUUAAAUUUCAGCAUUUUCAAGGAGUGCUUGUUUACACUCCCACUUAUAAUCUAAAUCAAAGUGAAGUUAUCAUUAUGUUUGACACUGGAGCCGGAGUGGAGGUGAUUGAGAACGAAGGUUUCAUGAGCGCGAGAGUUUAUCUACCCUGGACCUACAUGAAUAAAACCAGAGGAUUGAUGGGCAACUGGAGUUACGAUAUAAGUGACGAUUUGAAAAAUCCCGAUGGCAGUAUGGCGGAGAUUGGUAAUUUGAAUAAUUUCGAGAAUGUACAUAAUAACUUUGCGAUAAAUUGGUUACUUGAAGACGCGGUAGAUCCAUUGAAGGGUGCCGCUCUCUUUAAUCGUGAGUUUGGUAAAACUUCAAGUCAUUACGCAAAUCGAACAUUUAAACCCGAAUGGAAACGAAAUCCAGAAGACUUUCUAAAUUCAACAAGGAUCGAUGAUAUUGAUGAUGCAAAACGGCUUUGUGGGGAUAAUUAUCAAUGUAAAUACGACUAUGCCAUGAGCUUGAACAGAGAUCUUGCCGAUUUUACCAAAAACUAUUAUAAUAGUUGGAAGAACAUCAGGGACACAAAUUCGAAACGAGUUACUACUUGUGGGAUUUUGGAAACACCACGAUUUGGACGAAAGAGUAAUUUCUUCUUUGUUCCUGGAACGAGAGUCACAUUUGAAUGUAAUCAGGAUUUCAUUUUAAUUGGAGAUCAACGGCGGACGUGUUUACCGGAGGGAAAAUGGGACAUCUCCGAAUAUGGAUAUACAGAAUGUCUACGUCAAAUCGAGUAUUCACAGCGUACUGCAUGGACGACAAUUGGCAUCUUGUGUGCAAUAAUAAUUCCUGUAAUUGCAUGCGCAGCGGCAAUAUUCGUUUGUGUAAGAAGAAAUCAACAACAAGGGAGUUCAACAAAAUCAUGGCAUUUCUCUGAUCGUGGAUCUGUUAAUAAUGAUCCAUUCACAAUACGACAGACGACACCAUUAAAAUCAUCGUAUGAGAGAACACUAUCGCCAACAAGUGAUUCAAGUUCAAAUAUAAGUGGCACUGCAAGAAAACGACGUACCUACGAUGGAGUUUAUUAUACACAUGAGCCACUUCCAAAUAGGCCCGAUAUUAAUUUCGAAGAAAAGGAAUGGGACCUCAAAGAUCCUAAAUCUACAAGUGAAUCUGAUUCUACUUUUGAGUCAAUAAAAAAACCUGAAAGUCCUAGUAAAGAAAGUGAUGUUUAGUUAUAUUAUAGGCACAUGUUCAUAUAAUUGUUUGCUGAAUACAUUUUUAUAUCUAAUUAUAUCUAGAAUUUAAGUAUUAAUAAGUAUACAAAUAAUCGCAUAGACUUGAUAUGUUUCCUCUCUGCUCAUGUAUGUUCCUUUUCCUUAAAAUGAAAUUUUAAUCAUGCAGGACGUUAGCUUUAAAUAUAUUGUUACAAAAGAUUUUUUUUUUUAAGAAAGUUUAAAAAUUUGUAUAAAAAGUAAAAUAAAAUAU